AUAUAGUUCCUUGGAAAUCCUUUUCCUUUGCUGUUCGGGAUAAGCAAAAGAAAUCACCGUCCAGUAAAAGAAAAAUUAUCAGGUUUAGGCAAGGAGGAUAUGUCCGAAUGAGGUAGUGGAGAAAGGAGGGAAUGACCAUCUGAUGCAACGCUCCUUGUGUGCCACACGUGAAAGACCAGAGAUUUCUAGAAGAUUCUCUCAGUCUACAUGUCUGCCUUCUGUCGGCAGCUUCAACCGCUCACGUGUUUUGUCUCCCUGGAGCUCUCUUCUCAAUCCUAAGGCUAACUUCUACGGUUUCCAACAAUGGCAGGAGCACUUAAGAGGUUUAUGCCACUGUUUGAUCGAGUGCUGGUAGAGAAGGCUGCAGCAGAGGUCACAACCAAGGGUGGAAUCAUGAUCCCUGAAAAGGCAUUGGGUAAGGUACUCCAAGGCACUGUGGUAGCUGUUGGACCUGGUGCACGUUCAGAGAAAGGAGAGGUGAUUCCUCUAAGUGUACAUGUUGGAGAUCAAGUUCUUCUUCCUGAAUAUGGUGGCACAAAGGUCAACCUUGAUGACAAAGAUUAUUUCCUCUUUCGGGAUACAGAUUUGCUUGGAAAGUUUUCCUGACUGAUGCAUGCAACAAGGAUCUCAGCAGUUGACAUAGUGUAGAAGUGUGGGUUCACCAGUGCUACUUUUUUUCCACAAAAUUUUUUUUGGUAGAAUAAAUAUCCCACAACAAAUGGAAAAUGGCAAGA